GUCCUGGGCAUUCGGUUGACAAGAUGGCGACGGCGGCUGUGCGGACGCUGCUGACGCGUUUUCCUUUCUGCCCCUAGCUCGUUCCGCCUUGCCGGGGAUCGCAGAGGCGGGGCCCGGCCGCGGUGGGGCAGCGCGGGGAGGCGAAUCCGGAGCCAUGGGCCCGGCCGGGCCCCGCCCGCCGCCAGCCCCGCAGCUUCUGCUGCUGCUCCUGUUCCCGCUCUCCUUCCCGAGGGCCCUGUGGGGAGACGUUGUUUUUCUCCCCCCUUUCAUUCGAAUGUUUGACACUUCGGUUACUGCAGCCUUGGUUGGAGAUACAAAGGACGUCAGCGUGAGCCUCGCCGUGUGGGAUGGUGAGCUGGGGAUUUUGCCCGUUCCUGAUUGUGGACUGCAGAAUAAUGGAACCAGCAAUUGGAGUCUGACGGUGACUCCUGACGUGAUGGGCUCAGAAGUGACCGUAAGAUUGAAUGGCGAUUUACAGGCCUGUGUCUCGGAGACAGAUUUCUUUUCUGACUAUCCCUGUGUUAUUGAAACUCUUCUGGUUUCUGCAUCUCGAAACUCAUCCUGUUUGGCGCACCUACUCAUUCAGGUCGAAAUCUACCCUAAUGCUUCCUUUGCCCAGAAUGUAUCAGAGAACAACACCAUCUUCAUUAACCAGAUAUAUCAGCCCUUUGGCCCCUGUCCCUGUAACUUGGUCGCCGGGGCCUGUGAUGUCCAGUGCUGCUGUGACAAGGAAUGCACGCCCCCUUUACUAGACCUGUUCAAAGGACACUGUUUUACGGGAGUUUUUGGCGGAAAUGUAAAUCCACCUUUUGAACACUUGUGCUCUAACCCAGUAACAGAACAGUCGUCGGAUUGGUUUCCCUUCCUGUGUGUUCAGUCCUCCCUGGACAACACUCCUUUCCUUGGUUAUUUCUUCCAUGGCUUAAUUUCUUUUAGAGAAGAGUACAGCUUCGGCUUACCUAUGUACAUCGAAGUGAAAGACUGGUCGGAUUUUGGCUACGUGCAAAACAAGCCACUUAUGACAGUGGAAAAAGAGCUUUUCACCAUACCCCAGAUGUCCAUAGUGGGGCAGUGUAUGCAAGCGGCCCCCGUGGCCUUCCUUCAGAAUUUCGAUGUGAGCUGUGUUACUGACUUGACAACGCAUCAAGAACGGGGAAAUAUAAGUAAAACGAGGAUCAAAAGUGGUGCUAUUGGAGGCUUUCUUGUACCCCAAGUGAUCUAUGAGGAGUCAACUGCCUUAGACAAGUUCAUCUAUGGCACAGAAAUAUUUCUUCAUCCCGAGCCAUCAUUCAAAUAUGUGAACUUGGAAGAGCAUUAUACUUUCAGAUGGAAAGGGAAAACAAUCACUGAACUCAAUGUCAAAGUCAUUCGGGCAAAAAUUCAUGCAGACCAGCAAGGAAUAUUGACACAGAGAUUUAAAGUAACAUUUUUAAGCUUUAAUGCUACAGACAGCCCCAAACGAUCUGGAAACCCAGGUUACUACUUUGGCAGGCCUGUGAGAGCCCUAAAUAUCGGAAGUGUUAAUAAUAUCACCACUUUAAACCUUUGGCGGCCAGUUGGCAGGGGCCUGUGCACGGGAACAGAAACCACCCCAGUUUUAUUUGGAGAAGAUGCUGUAUCUGGAUGCCUCUUGGAGCUUGGCAUUGAUCAAAACUGUACCCAGCUCAGGGCAGAGGUUACUAACAGACUUAAUUCAUUAGUACAAGCUACUCACGUGGCCAAAAAAGGCAACUCAGAUUAUCACAACCUUCAUGAUGGCUGGCUGGAAAUAAUACGGAGAGAUGUGCCUUCUCCUGGGGACAGUCUUCAUCUUAGCCACAUAAAAGGCAUGUGCCCUGAUGUGCCUGCCGUGAUGACUAUUCGCUUACUUAUUUCUAGUAGUGGUAAUUUGGAAGGGAUUCCCCAGCAUAUGAUACUUGGCGCAGAGAUCAGCUUUUCUUCUGUCACUUGGCAAUUUCAGUGUGGGAUAAACUGUGAAGAUAAGCCUAGUCUUUUCCCCAUCAGUGUCUCAGUCCAGUUUAUUGAAAUACCUCCUCAACCACCCCAGCCACUGACAAGUUUCCAGAUCAGGUACUCGAGCCAUGACUGUAUCAACAAUGAAGUCUGCUGGCCAGAGCUCAUUUUCCCCUUGACCGAGAAUUACCAAGGAGAGUCUUAUAGCUCCUCCCUUGCCAAAAGCUUGAUGCUGGCCUUCAUCCUCACAGUGGUCAUGUUAUUCAACAGCUUAUGGAUGAAGAUCAUCAGGGUUUGGAACUUAUUCUUCGUCUAACUUCUGGGAGUCUUCAGAGAGCAGUGGCAGCACUGUGCUCAGGACCUGGGGCUGUGAUGGAAAACUUCCGCUUAGUCACACUUUUUCUAUUUAUUUCUGUAAAAAGGUGGUAUUCAGUGAUCAGUCAGUUUGUUUCUAAAUGCCACUUGCUCAAAAGGUCAGCAACCAGCCAGUUAAUUGAUUUUAUUUUCAGCUGCAGCAGCUCCUGGAGACUGUGUUCUAAAAGGGGCCCCAUCUUUGAGAGGGGCCUCGAUCUGCCCCAGUGGUGGUGAUACUCACACCAGGAAAAUCAGAUCCUGGAAGGGCCGAAGUCGGUAGAGCUGUCAUUGGUGGAAACCUUAGCAUUCUCAAAGUGAUUUAUCUAAGGCCACACAGUUAGUCAUUAGCAGGGUUGAGACUAGAACCCCUAACAUAAAAUAUAAAAAAAAUCAUUUUUUUUAAAGAGUUAAAUAUGUAUUCAUAAACUGUAAACUUAUGCUUACGACCAAUCUCCUUAAAGGACCUUUUUUCAGUCAAUAAGAAUGGAUUUUUUUUUUCAAAAAUAUUCUUAGAUUUGUAUCACUUUACUAGAUGACCUUUGGUUUAAAUAGAUUUUGCAUACUAUGAAGAAAAUUUUUUCUUUUAAGAAAUUAUUCUUUUCUUCUUAUUUGAUGUUCUGUUUAUCCUGCAAAAAUAGCUGACAUUUAUUCAGUGUUUUAAGGUUUGCCAAAUGCUUUCUUUUUAUUGAUCCUAUGAGGUAGGCAGUACAAAUGUUAUUUUAUUAUAUUUUAUAUCACAUAUUAUUUUAUAUCAUUUAUCAUAUCAUAUUGUAGGUCAUAGAGGUCGUAUUUGUUGUAGGAUUGGAUCCCAGUUCUCCUGGCUCCAAAUGUCACCUUCCUACAAGUCCAUACUAUGUCUCUUGGUUAUUGGUUCAGUGAUAUGGAGAUCAUUCCUGACCCAUAUAUCUAGGCUUAGUCUUUCCCCUGAGUUGGAGGCCGAAUCACCCAUUACCUAUGCAAUAUUUCAAAGUGGAUGUAUGAGACCUGUCAAGCUCCGAAUGUCCCAAACUUCCCCCAUUCUGUCGAAGACAGCCCUAUUCUUUCAGCCUCUCACGUUUGUCAUGUUGUCUUUCCCCUUGAUUCCUGGCUCUCCUUCCCCCUACACGACCAUCUAAUCUGGUGCCAAAUCUUGCCUUUCCUGUUUCCACAUCUUUCCUACCUGACACCUUCUCUUCACUCACACAGAAUCCUCAGUCCAGGUGCUCCUCAUUUCUCACCUGGACCCACCCCUGCCACUGCCUAAGUCCUGUUCUUAAGGCACACACCUAACCGAGUCACAGCCUUAAUGAGCUCUGGGGGCUCCCUCCAGCACCACAGAUAAAACAGCAACUCCGUUGAGCCUUUAAAGCCCUUCCCACCUGCCCCCAACCUUCGAUCUCCUUUCCCUCUACCAUCUAGCUGAAUGGGCUUUCUGCUCCAUCUUCCCCCUGGCCUUUGCUCUGGCUUCCCCUGAGCCUCCUCUGAGAGCCUCAUCCUCUUCCUGCUCUGUGUCCUCCCUUCCUGGCCACCUUGUUCUGUACCUGGUAGUUAUUUACAUCCAUUCUCUUUCUGUUAUUCUGUCUAUACACAUCUUGUCUCUCCUACGCAGGUAUCAACUCUUUGGCAAUAGGGAUUGUUUCUUUCUUUGUAUUGGUGUCCCCAGCAUCUAGCCCUGUGCCUGGCAUACAGUAAGGGCUUAAUAAAUGCUUGUUGCUUGAAGUGACCAUCUCUAUAGUGCCAUGUGUCUCCUGCCUUAAAAUAAGGGUCGUAUACUGAACAAGUGCCUGCCGCUAGACAGCUUACAGAGCAGGCAAGCCAGCCUUGCCAAAGCAGCAAGACCCCCUUAGGGAGGGGCAGGAAGCAUCAUGGGCCUGGCAGGCCAAACCACCACCAUGACUACUAUCUCCCUUCAGACUCUGGUGGAGACAGCCUUGGAAACAACGAUGCUUCCAGCCCAGGGCUCCCAGUCAGCAUCCUGGGAAGCACACAGUAGGUGCUUACAUCAGGUGCUAUGGAGAUGCAGAC